AUGAAAACUGUUGUUAUCGCGCUGCUCUUCGCCCUAGGGGUCUCUGCCGAGCCUCUGCAAACGCUGAAUAGCCUUUGUUCUUAUUUGGAUGAAGGAAAGGAUGCAGUAUCCAAUGUGGGCAACACCAAAAAGUGUUUUGCUCGCUUUUUGCCGGAACUGGAAAACGAAGGAGCUGCCUGGUCGCAGGGCUACAGUGCCUGCCAGAGAAGUGCCACCAAAGAGCGACUGUUCCUGCUAACGGAUGCCACUAAGGCUCAGGAGAAGAUUAGAGAAGCUGCCCUAAACAUGAAUUCCUAUAUUGACCAGUGUUUGUCACUAACAGAGUCCCUGGAUUUUUUCAACUGCUUUGCCAAAAUGAGCAAACUGCAGUUGACCAAUGUCUAUUAUAUUUCAUUUAAUGCCUCGGAGCAGGCGCUGAUCCUUAACAAGAAAUUGAGUAGCAUCGAACUGGAGCACUACCUGUGUACAAAUCAAACCGAAAAUAAUUAUGUCCAAGGAACCGAUAAUAUCUUUAAGUCGUUGGACGAGUGUCUACAGCAGAACGAAACACAUACAUAAGCGGGAUAGGAUUUCAUUCCCUUACAUGUUUUACAUAGUUAUAAUAAAUAUAUUGAUA